AUGGCUUCCCCUAGCGUUCUCACCUUUGACGCUGAGGGUCGGGCAGUGGACUUUGAGGUCUGGGUAGAUGAUCUGCAGCUUUUCCUGCAGCGCGAUAGGGCAGACGGCCUCUCCCUGUUUGACCUCACUUCUGGUGCCUCCCCUGCCCCCGCUGCUGAUGCUGACGCCACUAUUCGCUCACAGUGGGCCACACUCAAGGACCACUUCCUCUCUGUUUGCCCCACCACUCUCACCGUUGACCUCCUCGAGAAGGCCCUCCUAGCGAUAGAGAAGAGCAUAGUCGCUGUAGGAGCCUCUCGUGGUGACCCUCGCACCCCCGUCUUUGAUGGGUGUUCUCCCUCCCCCCUCUUGCCCUCUGUUGCCUCUGCUGCUGUGGCCGACCUCGUUGGUUUCGAGUCGGUCGGCGCUGCGUCUGCCCCGAGCGGGAGACGCCGCACCGGCAAGGGCAAGGGGGGCAAGGGCACUAGAGGAGGUGGAGGGGGCGGUGGAGGUGGUGGUGGAGGCGGUGGAGGGAGUGGGGGUGGUGGUGGGAGUGGUGCUGGGGGUGGCGGCGGCGGCAGCGGCAGCAGUGGAGGCGGCGGAGGCGGUGGAGGUGGCGGAGGGAGCGGAGGCGGCGGAGGUAGUGGAGGAGGCGGAGGUGGAGGAGGCGGCGGAGGCGGCGGAGGCGGCGGCGGCGGCGGAGGCGGCGGCGGCGGCGGAGGCGGCGGUGGUGGAGCGAGUCGCGACUCUGCGUCGAGGAGUGGCGCCGGUGGUGGUCAGCGCCAGCAGCAGCAGCGGAGUGGUGUGACCCUGUCCCCUCAGCAGCUUCGUGAGUGGUACACUGCACGCCAGCGCGGUGGGGGUUUUGGUCCCUGCUCUUACGUUCCCUGUACCGGCGACUGCACUGGUGAGCAGUGCGGGGGUCCACACUCCACCCAGCGCUGCUUUGGUCGCCUGACGGACGCGUGGCGUCGCCAGUUCCCUGAGGCGUCAGAGAUCCCUCGCUUGGGAGAUCUGGCUAAGGCCAGGGUUGCUAUCUUUGAUCUUGACUUUGAUGCUAUUCUUGCUGCCAUGUAUGCUGUUGCUGAUAGUGUUGAGGGUGCCCGUAACCUGUGUGUACCGCCUGACCCGGGCAUUGAGGCUGCUGCGCUAGGUGCUGGUGAGACUACUGCUCUAGGUGCUAGUGCGUCUGCUGCCCCAGGUGCCACUGCGUCUGCCGCCCCAGGUGCUGGUGAGUCUGCUCUCUCAGGUACUACGUCGGCUCAGGCCUUCCACACCUUCACCCUGGACUCGGGUGCGUCCCGCUCCUUCUUUCGAGACCGCACCACUCUUACGCCGCUUAGUCGGCCGGUUGCAGUCUCCCUGGCAGACCCCUCUGCGGGUCCUGUCCUUGCUAGCUUCUCCACUGUCCUUCCGUGCCCUGCAGCCCCCUCAGGCUCCCUGUCUGGUCUCUACCUCCCCUCGUUCUCUACGAGCUUGGUGAGUGGAGCGGACCUACAGGAUCGAGGGGUUGACCAGUUCACUCCUGCGAGUCAGCGAGUGACCCACUGCAGGUGUGCUCGGACAGGCCGACACUUGGCCACGUUCACCCGUCGGCCAGGGUCUAGCCUGUACACCCUUACUGCUGAGUCUCCUCCUACUGCUGAGUCUGCCGAGGUAGCUGCGUCGAGUCAGGUGUUUGCUGCGGCGUCCAGGUCUGGUCCUGAGUCUGCCCCCUGCUCGUGUCGUUUGCUGUCCCACCAGACUCUCCUUUGGCACCACCGCCUUGGUCACCCCUCCUUGCCUCGUCUCCGAGGCAUGGCCUCCCGUGUCCUUGUCUCUGGUCUUCCUUGGUCUCUCGCUCCCCUUCCUCCGGGGCCUGGCCCUACCUGCGUCCCCUGCGUCGAGGGGCGACAGCGCGCCGACCCUCACUCCUCCGAGUUUCCUCCGACAGAGGCUCCGCUGCAGACUCUACACAUGGACGUGUGGGGCCCAGCCCGCGUCAGUGGGCAGGGAAGAGAGCGGUACUUUCUGCUGGUCGUUGACGACUACUCGCGUUACACCAUAGUCUUCCCCUUGCACAGCAAGGGUGACGUCACUGAGGUGUUGAUCGGCUGGAUCCGCGCAGCUCGUCUCCAGCUCAGAGAGAGUUUCGGCUCGGACUUUCCUGUUUUGCGUCUGCACUCGGACAGAGGAGGGGAGUUUUCCUCUGCCCGUCUGGGAGCCUUCUGUCGGGCACACGGCAUCCGCCAGACCUUCACGCUUCCGGCCUCUCCACAGCAAAAUGGGAUUGCUGAGCGCCGCAUUGGCAUGGUCAUGGACGUCGCGCGUGCGUCCAUGAUGCAUGCGGCUGCCCCCCAUUAUCUGUUGCCGUUUCCGGUUCAGUACGCCGCGCAUCAGCUCAACCUUCAGCCCCGAGUCUCCUUGCCAGAGACCUCCCCCGCCUUGCGGUGGACAGGGAAGGUUGGCGAUGCGUCUGGGUUUCGGGUCUGGGGAUCUCGGGCGUUUGUCCGCGACUUGUCUGCGGACAAGCUGUCCCCCCGUGCUGUUCCUUGCGUCUUCCUUGGCUUCCCCCCUGACGCGCCUGGCUGGCAGUUUUACCACCCCACCACGCGCCAUGUGUUCUGUCCUCCCAGGACGUCACCUUUGACGAGUCGGUGCCUUACUACCGUCUCUUCCCCUACCGCACUGCGCCCCUCCCCCCGCCGCCGCUCUUCCUUGCGCCAGGUGCUACUCAGGUAG